CUGUUUCUCUCCCGCCUUAGAUCUCAUCUGAUGCCAAGGCUGAAGGAGUCUCGCUCCCAUGAAUCACUGCUCAGCCCCAGUAGUGCUGUGGAAGCUCUGGACUUAAGUAUGGAGGACGAGGUCAUCAUCAAGCCUGUGCACAGCAGCAUCCUUGGGCAGGACUUCUGCUUUGAGGUCACCACCUCCACGGGAAGCAAAUGUUUUUCCUGCCGAUCAUCCGCGGAGAGGGACAAAUGGAUGGAGAAUUUGAGGAGAGCGGUACAGCCAAACAAGGACAACAGUCGUCGGGUGGAAAACAUGCUGCGGCUGUGGAUCAUCGAAGCCAAGGACCUGCCGGCCAAAAAGAAGUACUUUUGCGAGCUUUGCCUUGACGACUCACUGUACGCCCGCACCACCUGUAAGCUCAAGACUGACAAUGUCUUCUGGGGAGAGCACUUUGAGUUCAGUAACCUGCCUGCCGUCAGGAGCAUCACGGCGCACCUCUACAAAGACACGGACAAGAAGAAAAAGAAAGACAAAAACAACUACAUCGGACUUGUCAACAUCCCCGUCGCCGCCGUCACGGGGCGGCAGUUCGUGGAGAAAUGGUAUCCAGUCAGCACUCCCAGCCCCCCUAAGGGCAAAACGUCAGGGCCCAUGAUCAGGAUCAAGGCCCGCUAUCAGAGUAUGAACAUCCUGCCCAUGGAGAUGUACAAGGAGUUCGCAGAGUACACCACCAACAACUACAUGCUGCUGUGCUCGGUGCUGGAGCCGGGGAUUAGCGUCAAGAACAAGGAGGAGAUGGCGUGCGCGCUGGUGCACAUUCUG